UCUUAACAAACAGUGAUCAAUAGCCUGUAGCUGGCAUUGCACUGGGUUGCAUUAUAGUAUAGGCCUGGAUGACAAUUUUUGUCUUCACCAGUGUAGGGUAAUGUGUGCGUGUUAGAGUAUUUGGUAGGCCUGUGGUGUGUUGGUGCGGUCGGUGUGUGUGUGUGUGUGUGGACAUGUUUAUCCCUUCGUUCUCAUUGGCUGCUGAAACUUGUUGGAGCUUUUCUCUGUGGAAAAACAGAAAGCUCCAAGAACCUAUCGGUGCUCACGACCCGUCCCCCUCUCUGGAGCCCGCCUGGUCCAGACUUGUCCGGGAGACAGUAAAUGUAGUCCAGCCUUCACACCGCUUAAAUAAGCUCAUGUCAGAGACACAGCACUUGUAUAUUGUGGGCAAAUUAACACUGUAAGGACUCCCUGCCGCUCCACACAGCGCUGCACUUUGCCGCCGAAUAUCCUUAUCCUGCUUUGAGGGCUUUCAUACUGAUAACCUACUUAAUCUCUUUUUUCUUUUCCGCCACACACUGGAUCCAUCUGACAUUCCCACCUUCGAAACACUUGUGACCAACAAGUCUACACUUGAACUGGAUUUCUGAGAUAAACCCUUUUUGUUUUUGUUUUCGUUUGCACCUUCUUUUUAAUGGUACAAUGUCGUCUUUACCAGGAACAGUACCGCGGAUGAUGCGCCCGGCUCCCGGACAGAACUAUCCCCGCACUGGAUUCCCUCUGGAAGUGUCCACUCCUCUGGGCCAGGGACGGGUCAAUCAGCUCGGAGGGGUCUUCAUCAACGGCCGGCCGCUCCCCAACCACAUCAGACACAAAAUAGUUGAGAUGGCUCACCACGGGAUCCGGCCCUGCGUCAUCUCCCGACAGCUGCGGGUCUCUCACGGCUGCGUCUCCAAGAUCCUCUGUCGCUAUCAGGAGACCGGCUCCAUCCGACCCGGAGCGAUAGGAGGCAGCAAGCCCAGGCAGGUAGCCACACCGGACGUGGAGAAGCGGAUAGAGGAGUACAAGCGGGACAACCCCGGCAUGUUCAGCUGGGAGAUCCGGGAUAAGUUGCUGAAGGACGGGGUGUGUGACAGAAGCACAGUCCCUUCAGGUGAGGCCUCCUCUGUGAGUUCGAUCAGCCGUGUCCUCCGAGCUCGAUUUGGAAAAAAGGACGAUGAGGACGAGUGUGACAAAAAGGACGAAGACGGAGAAAAGAAAACCAAACACAGCAUCGACGGCAUCCUCGGCGAUAAAGGCAGUCGGAUGGAUGAAGUGUCGGAUGUGGAGUCAGAGCCUGACCUCCCCCUGAAGAGGAAGCAGCGCAGGAGUCGGACCACAUUCACUGCGGAGCAACUUGAGGAGCUAGAGAAGGCUUUCGAAAGAACCCACUAUCCUGAUAUCUACACCAGGGAGGAGCUGGCCCAGAGGACAAAACUCACUGAGGCCAGGGUGCAGGUUUGGUUCAGCAAUCGAAGGGCCAGGUGGCGAAAACAAGCAGGAGCAAAUCAACUAGCAGCUUUCAACCACCUGUUGCCGGGUGGAUUUCCUCCCACAGGGAUGCCAACACUUCCUGCAUACCAGCUGCCAGAGUCCAGCUACCCAACCAACACUCUGUCCCAAGACGGUGGUGGUACAGUUCACCGUCCCCAGCCGUUACCUCCGUCCACCAUGCACCAGACCGGUCUGUCCAGCACUGACAGCAGCUCUGCCUAUGGUCUGGCCUCCAACCGCCACGGCUUCUCCACCUACUCUGACUCUUUUAUGAGCUCUGCAGCACCCAGCAACCACGUCAACCCUGUUAGCAAUGGGCUCUCCCCUCAGGUGAUGAGCAUCCUGAGUAACCCCAGCGGAGUUUCCUCACAGCCACAGCACGACUUCUCUAUCUCACCGCUCCACAGUGCCUUGGACUCCUCUCCAUCCAGUGUCAUCUCAGCAAGCUGCAGCCAGCGUUCAGCUGAGGCCUCCAUUAAGACAGUGGACAGCCUCCCGUCAUCCCAAUCCUACUGCCCCCCCACAUACAGCACCACUAGCUACAGCAUGGACCCAGCUGUGGCUGCUGCCGGCUACCAGUACAGUCAGUAUGGCCAGACUGCUGUGGAUUACCUGGCAAAAAACGUCAGCCUUUCCAGUCAGCGCAGGAUGAAGCUGGCCGACCACUCAGCUGUACUGGGACUGCUGCAGGUUGAGACUGGCCAGGCCUACUAGUACCCACUUAACAUGCACACCUAGUCACCAGCACAACCCACCUCCUGCUACCAUCCAUACAAAUCUCCCAGAGACCGUGUGUGUGUGUGUGUGUGUGUGUGUGUGUGUGUGUGUCAUAGAUUGACUAUACAGUACACUGGGGUGUUAUUUAGCUUUUUUUUAAUCUCAUGUACGUGUUUCCUCCAGGGUUUAAGGAUUGAAUGAUGCAGCUGCCGAAGCUUUAUACAUUCCCAUGGGACCAACCAAAUCCACCACAUCAGUUUCCACUGUUAAGAAUAUAGUUCUUCAUUUGUUGUUUGUCAUAUUGCACUACAUUUUGUACACAAUAUUGAUGGAAUCUAACUUAACAGGAUAAUUAUAGUUAACUCGUGAUAUAAACAAUUAGGCCUACUAUGUAAACCAAUCACUUUAGACUGGAUGUAACCUUUGACCUGCUAUUUAAAAUAUAUAUAUAUAUUUAAAAACAAGGUCUUCAAACAAACAAAACAAACUAAAUUAUACAUUGUAGUCAUACUGUAAUGAUGCAUCCAUUCUUAAUGCCAAGCAUACCUCAAGUUGUGAAGUGUCAACACCCUUAGUGUUCUGUCUGAACACACCUUAUGGUUUAUUUAGCCUUUUAAAAUUUCAUGUAAUUGUUUCCUCCAGGAUUUAAGUACCCCUGUUCCCCCUGUUACUCUGCUAAGUCACCUAUGACCAUUUGUAUUGAGUUUCAUUCACUGAUGAAUUUUUCUGGCUGUGUUGUCAAACUAGGGAGUGCUAUACUGGGUCAAAAAAACUACAUGUUGCUAAUUAAAGAAACAAAAAAAAAAUAAAAAAUAAAUCAGGUGCCCUCCAAGGAUAGGGCAAGUAGGCGAAUAAGGAUAAAAGACAAUGCCUUUCCAGCUUACUUAUUGUAGAAGUCCAUGGUAUAGGUUGGCGGUCUGAAAAAAAUCCAAGGCACUCUUCUGACUGUAAAUAAAAAUCCUUUAUCAAUAAAUUGAUGACCAAUGCGUUCAUACUUAAACAGACUUCA